AUGAAUGAAGAGAGAAUCUCGCAGCCCCCACCCACGAGGCGCCAGUCCGCCGCAAGCACACAGAAUCCUCCUCAGUGUGUGCGUGAGAGAGAGUACGUGUACGCUCAGAUUUCAACUGAUUUCUGGGCUUGUGUGAUUCCAAUUUCCACCUCAGAGUUUUCUAUUUUCUACAGAGUUUCUUGGGUUUUGAAUUUCAAGUUACACAAGAGCGUGGAAGGUAAUAUGGGAGACAAUCUAUUUUCUGGAAUUGGCAAUGAGGCACAAAUUGAAAGCAAAGUUGUUCUGACAUUUCAGAAAAACUUUGUGCAAGUUCAAAAAAUUUUGGAUCAAAACACGCUGUUAAUCAACGAGAUUAACCAGAACCACGGAUCCAAGAUCCUGGAUAAUUUGACUCGAAAUGUGGGUCUAAUUCGAGAGCUCAACAACAAUUUUACAAGGGUGGUUGGUCUCUACGCGGAUCUUUCCAACUCUUUCACCAAAUCCAUGGAGGAGGGCUCGUCUGAGGCCGAUUCAACUAAGACUCGCAGAAGAGUUGGACAGAAGAGAAUUAGGUCCAACAAUUGA